AUGGUGGCAUCCCAGGUAUUAGUGUUGGCUGUAUCUGCAGUCUUAGCAGCGUCAGAAGCAACAAAGAACGCGUACCUGCCUGGCAGAGGCCCAUUGCAACAUAGCAAGACAGAUACGUCCUUGUCUUUCGACUACCAGUACCAAGUUAACGCUGCUGACACAGGUGACCAGAAAUCACAAAAGGAAUCUCUUAAAGAUGGUGUUGUAGUUGGCUCCUACUCCGUUCUCCAGCCUGACGACCUCUUAAGAAUAGUGAAUUAUCGCGUCGAUGACGAAUCGGGCUUCAAAGCGGAAGUCCUGUACCAGAAGGUAAAGGGUCGUUCAUCACCGCAAGCAGUGUACCAAUCAGAUUCCAGUUUAGCUUCUGGAUUACAGGAUUUCAAGAGGUUCGACAUAUCCCCGACAUCUGGAGUCGGGACGUCCAGUGACUCAUCUACACGUUCUAGAGUUUCUGAAUCAUUCAUACGAUCUUCAACCUCUAAUAUAAAAUUGAAAUCAGCUCCUUUAUUCAACUCUGGCUCAUCCUUUGGAGAAAGCGAAGGCUCUUCAGGCACCAGUUUUGGUUCUUCCUCAGGAUCAAGUUUUAGAUCGCCUUCCAGGUUUGGUUCUACCACUAAACAUGACGGUGGUUCUAUUGGUUCCAGGCCCAUUAAUCCAACCAGUUCCACUCUUGGUCAUUCCUCUAGCUCUAAAAUUGGUUUCUCUGGUACCGGUAUUAGGUCUUCCACUGGCUCCAGUUUCGGGUCUUUUAUUGGAGAUAAGAUUGACUCUUCCGAUUCUACUAGUUCUACGAGAUCCCGUCUAGGCUUAUCAAAUGCCAACACUGAAUCUUCCUUGAGAUCUAACUCUGGAUUUUCUGGCUCCUCCGGUUCUAGUUUUGGUUCUCCGGUAUCACACGAGGGUUCUUCUGGGUCUCAUUUGGGUUUCACCUCAAGGUCUAACUUAGGCCAUUUUGGCUCUUCUGUUGGGUCUUCCGGUUCCAGUUCUCGUUCUUCUGGAUUUGGUUUAGGAUCAUUUAGUACUGGUUCUGGUCAUUCAUUGAGAUCUGAUUCGAAAUCCUCUGUCUCAGGAAUUAACGCUGCCUCUUCUGGUUCUUCAACAGGAUUUAAAGCUGGUGCUUCUGGCUCUAAUUUUGGUUCGUCUGGUUCACGUGAAGAUUCGUCCGGUGGUAGUUUUAUACCUUCCUUGAAAUCUAGUUCUGGAUUUUCUGAUUCUUCAACUGCACGUCACAUUGAGUCUUUUGCUUCAGGACUUGGGUCUUCUGGAUCUAACUUUGAUCCCUCUGAUUCCAGGCUCGGUUCCUCUGAACCAAAUUUAGUUUCUUCUAGCUCUACUUUUGACCUUUCUUCAAACCAUGGCGUUAAAUCUUUUGGCUUGAGUGCUGGCUCUUCCAGCGAAUCUAAUUUUAGACCUUCCUCUAGGCCUGACUCAGCCACUGGAUCCAGUUUUGUCUCGUCAGGUUCUAGUUUUGGUUCUACUGGGCCGAAUUUAGUUCAGUCUGGUACUGUUUUCGGGGCAUCUGCUGGAUCUAAAUUUGGCUCCUUGGAUUCUAGUUUUGGAUUAACUGCUUCUGGUUCUUUAGGUUCAAGUAUAGAUUCUACUCAGUCCAGUUUCGCCUUGUCCAAAUUUAAUACUGGGUUCCCCUUAGUUUCCAACCUUAGGUCAUCCACUGGAUCUAACUUCGACUCUGUCAAUUCUAGUUUUGAUUCUUUAAGAUCUAAUUUAGAUUCCUUUGAUUCGAAUUAUAUAUCUUUCACAGGAUCAAACUUUGGUUCUAGCUCUAAUGAUGGGUUUCAUAAGUCAGGACCGGCGCUUUCUGAAUCUAAGCGUGAUUUUUCCAAUUUUAAUAUUGGUUCAACUGAAUUAGGUGUAGACUCUGUUGGCUCCAGGAUUAGCACUUCCAGUCCUAAUUUUGGCUCCUCUGGAACAAAUGGAAGGUCUUCUACUUUCAAGUUGGAUUCUAAUACUUCUAAUUUAGACACUCCUAGAUCAAAUAUUGAGUCUUCUGGUUCCAAGCUUAGUUCUCCAAGUUCUAAUGUAGGAUCUUCUAAAUUAAGCUCACAAUUUUCUGGUUCAAGUUCUGUGACUUCCAGAUUUAGUCCAGGAUUUACUAAUGCUAUUAACUCUGGGUCUUCACUGGGAUCCAAUCAUGGUUCUGGAUCGAGUGCUGGAUCUUCUGUUGUCAAAUUUGAACCUAAUUUUGAAUCUUCUAGUUCUAAUUUUGGUGUUUCUGGAUCUAAAUUAGGGUAUACAUCUGGUUCCAGCACUGAACGUGACAUCCACUCAUUCGGUCCUCACCAAGACUCUACCACUGAAUCAGAGUUUGGAACUCCUAGUUAUACUUUUGGCUCUUCUAAGCCAAAUGUUAAAUCAUCAGAUUCCAGUUUUGGUUCUUCUCCACUCAACUUUGGAUCAUCAGGUUCCAAUUUUGGCUCUUCAAGAACUGCCCUUGUAUCAACAGGUUCUAGUUUUACCACUUCUGAAACUAGCCUUGGAUCAUCAGGUUCCAAUGUUGAUUCUUCUGGAAUUACAGUUGGGUCAACAAGUUCCAAUUUUGGUUCUGAAACUAACCUUGCUUCAUCAGCUUCCAGUUUCGGAGCUUCUGGAACUACACUUGAAUCAUCAGGUUCCAGUCUGAGCUCUUCUGGAACUACUCUUGGUUCCUCUUUGAGGUCUCCUGAAACCGACAUUGGAUCAUCAGUGCCUAGCUUUGGCUCUUCUGGAAUUACUCAUGGAUCAACAGGUUCCAGUUUUGGCUCUUCUGGAACUACUCAUGGAUCAACAGGUUCCAGUUUUGGCUCUUCUGGAACUACUCAUGGAUCAACAGGUUCCAGUUUUGGCUCUUCUGGAACUGCUCAUGGAUCAACAGGUUCCAGGUUAGGCAUUUCUGGAACUACUCAAGGAUCAACAGGUUCCAGUUUUGGCUCUUCUGGAACUACUCAUGGAUCAACAGGUUCCAGGUCUGGCUCUUCUGGAACUAUUCAUGGAUCAACUGGUUCCAGUUUUGGUUCUUCUGGAACUACUCAUGGAUCAACUGGUUCCAGUUUUGGUUCUGGAACAACUCAUGGAUCAACAGGUUCCAGUUUUGGCUCUUCUGGAACUACUCAUGGAUCAACAGGUUCCAGUUUUGGUUCUGGAACUACUCAUGGAUCAGUAAGUUCCAGGUCUGGCUCUUCUGGAACUACUCAUGGAUCAACUGGUUCCAGUUUUGGUUCUGGAACUACUCAUGGAUCAGUAAGUUCCAGGUCUGGCUCUUCCGGAACUACUCAUGGAACAACUGGUUCCAGUUUUGGUUCUGGAACUACUCAUGGAUCAGUAAGUUCCAGGUCUGGCUCUUCUGGAACUACUCAUGGAUCAACAGGUUCCAGUUUUGGUUCUGGAACUACUCAUGGAUCAGUAAGUUCCAGGUCUGGCUCUUCUGGAACUACUCAUGGAUCAACUGGUUCCAGGUUUGACUCUUCUGGAACUACUCAUGGAUCAACUGGUUCCAGUUUUGGUUCUGGAACUACUCAUGGAUCAACAGGUUCCAGUUUUGGCUCUUCUGGAACUACUCAUGGAUCAAUAGGUUCCAGGUUAGGCUCGUCUGGAACUACUCAUGGAUCAACAGGUUCCAGUUUUGGCUCUUCUGGAACUACUCAUGGAUCAACAGGUUCCAGUUUUGGUUCUGGAACUACUCAUGGAUCAACAGGUUCCAGUUUUGGCUCUUCUGGAACUACUCAUGGAUCAACAGGUUCCAGUUUUGGUUCUGGAACUAUUCAUGGAUCAGUAAGUUCCAGGUCUGGCUCUUCUGGAACUACUCAUGGAUCAACAGGUUCCAGUUUUGGCUCUUCUGGAACUACUCAUGGAUCAACAGGUUCCAGUUUUGGUUCUGGAACUACUCAUGGAUCAACAGGUUCCAGUUUUGGCUCUUCUGGAACUACUCAUGGAUCAACAGGUUCCAGUUUUGGUUCUGGAACUAUUCAUGGAUCAGUAAGUUCCAGGUCUGGCUCUUCUGGAACUACUCGUGGAUCAACAGCUUCCAGUUUUGGCUCUUCUGGAACUACUCAUGGAUCAACAGGUUUCAGGUUUGACUCAUCUGGAACUACUCAUGGAUCAACAGGUUCCAGGUCUGGCUCUUCUGGAACUAUUCAUGGAUCAACUGGUUCCAGUUUUGGUUCUGGAACUACUCAUGGAUCAACAGGUUCCAGUUUUGGCUCUUCUGGAACUACUCAUGGAUCAACAGGUUCCAGUUUUGGUUCUGGAACUACUCAUGGAUCAACUGGUUCCAGUUUUGGUUCUUCUGGAACUAUUCAUGGAUCAACAGGUUCCAGGUUUGACUCUUCUGGAACUACUCAUGGAUCAACAGGCUCCAGGUUUGACUCUUCUGAAACUAUUCAUGGAUCAACAGGUUCCAGGUUUGACUCUUCUGGAACUACUCAUGGAUCAACAGGUUCCAGGUUUGACUCUUCUGGAACUACUCAUGGAUCAACAGGUUCCAGGUUUGACUCUUCUGGAACUACUCAUGGAUCAACAGGCUCCAGGUUUGACUCUUCUGAAACUAUUCAUGGAUCAACUGGUUCCAGGUUUGACUCUUCUGGAACUACUCAUGGAUCAACAGGUUCCAGGAACUACUUGGACAGGUUAGGCAUUUCUGGAACUACUCAUGGAUCAACAGGUUCCAGGUUAGGCAUUUCUGGAACUACUCAUGGAUCAACAGGUUCCAGGUUAGGCAUUUCUGGAACUACUCAUGGAUCAACAGGUUCCAGGUUAGGCAUUUCUGGAACUACUCAUGGAUCAACAGGUUCCAGGUUAGGCAUUUCUGGAACUACUCAUGGAUCAACAGGUUCCAGGUUAGGCAUUUCUGGAACUACUCAUGGAUCAACUGGUUCCAGUUUUGGUUCUUCUGGAACUAUUCAUGGAUUAACAGAUUCCAGGUUUGGCUCCUCUGGAACUAUUCAUGGAUCAACAGGUUCCAAAUUUGGCUCUUCUGGAACUACUCAUGGAUCAAUAGGUUCCAAUUUUGGCUCUCCUAGAAAUAGUCAUGGGUCCUCAGGCUCCAGUUUUGGUUCUUCUGGAACUACUCGUGGAUCAACAGAUUCCAGUUUUGACACUCCUAGAUCUAACGUUGGAUCAUCAGUUAACAGUGUGAGUGCUUCUGAAAGUAGCAUUGGAUCGUUAGGUUUCGGGUUUGGCUCAUCUCCUAGAUCUUUUGUUUCUAACAUUGGUUCUGCUAAUUCUAACCUUGGUUCAGCCUCUCGAUCCAAUUUCGGCUCUGCUUCUGGAUCAAAUCAGGUAUUUUCUGGAUCAAUCCCCGAGUUCAACUUCAACUCAGGCGCCAGCUUGGAUUCCUUUAGUUCUUCCAGCGGAUUCCUCUCUGGACUGAACUCUGGUUCCAACUUGGGAUCUUCUCAAACCCCAUCGUCAUCAAUUGGGGGAACGUCCGCUCCAGGUGGAGCGUCUACUCAGCGAUCAAGUCAUCAAUACAAGAAUAAGGCAGUUUAAAAAUCUUAGUUCAUGUUAAAUAUAUAUUGCCGUGUGGCUCAUAAACCAUAUGUUAUAUUUUGAGUCUCGGGAAUAUAUUUAGUCCCCCUCGUGUAUCGAAAACUUGCAUGGAAUUUGAUUAAGGUUUCAUUUCUUUAUUGCAAAGCUACACUGCUUAUGUAACAGCCUUGCUUGGUUAAGUUUACUUAAGUUUACUAGUUUACUGGUGAAGUUACAGCAGCAGGCUCCUUAUGAGAGUUGGCUACACCAUCAAUGAGUGACCGAGUUGAUGCUGCUCUGGAAAACACUGACAGUCAUCAUGAUAUUACACUGAUGUGAUGCCGAGGGUAUAAAUAGCCUAAGCUACUCUAUCCUUUUUUGGGUGUAUUUUAUUAUCUAAAUAAACUUACUUAAACUUGAUGCUAAGUAAUAAAUUAGCGUCGCUUCAAGACAGUGUGGAUCCCUUGCAAGGUGCUUAUUUACGCCUUACUGAGAAGAUAAUUAAGCUAUUUGAAUUUGUAAUGAAGCUUGGUUUAGAUAUUUGUUAGAACACAAACAA